AUGAUAAUGGCGAGUAAACACAGUGGAAUAGAUAUAACGGCGGACGCCAUUAAAGCCAAAUUAAUGGAUAUGCAGAAGGACAGUGGCGCGGUGGAGAAAACAGGCAGCGCUUUUGUCAGCAAAGGCAGUAGUGGCAGCAGUAAGUUUCGCAAAAAUCACAAAGAGGAUAGCAGUGGUAGCAGCACAGCCGGCAGAGCUGGGAAGAAGGUCGGUAAAGAAGUCGUCUGUUACGAGUGUAAAUUACCUGGCCACUCCAGAAAUAAGUGUCCUACUUUACGCAAGAAAUUUGGAAAUUUCGCAGACAAAAGGUGA